GUAAAAAGAAAGAAAGAAAAACCAAAGAGAGAGAGAGAGAGAGAGAGAGAGAAGCUAGUUUUGAUCAAUGGCGUCUAGGAAGAGCUUUCUUUCAAAGCAAAAUUACAUCUUUCCAGCAACCUCAGAGACCCAUUUCAAUCCAAAAUCAACCCAAGAGGGUAGCGGUGUGUUGGAGUUUGAUGAAGCAGAGUUGUGGAACUCAUCCACCAACAACACCAACCAGCUGUUCCACCCUUCAAUGGAGGCAAAGAAGGCCUUACCAGGUUCAAGAUCUUCUUUGAAGAGAGCUUCAAGGAAGGUUGACCCAGUAACCCCAGCUUCAUUGCCUGUGAAUAUUCCUGAUUGGUCCAAGAUCUUGAAGGAGGACUACAAGGAACACAGGAAGUGGGAGAGUGAUGAUGACGAUGUUGGUGAUGAAGAUGAAGGGGAUGAUCACCAUGGAGGGAUUAGGGUACCCCCUCAUGAGUAUCUUGCUAGAACAAGAGGAGCUUCUCUAUCGGUUCAUGAAGGGAUUGGGAGGACCCUUAAAGGCAGGGACUUGCGCAGUGUGAGGAAUGCCAUAUGGAAGAAAGUGGGUUUUGAAGAUUAAUUAUUAGUGAUUAGUGUCAAAGUGUUGAUAGGUGACAUCUAAUUAGAUUAUUAUAGAGAUGAUAUGGAUCGGAUUCCAUAAUUUUUUGGUUUUGGGAAAAUUUUGGUUAAGGUGAUAAUUAUUAGUUUAAUGACUUCUAGCUAGCUAGCUAUAUAUAUGUUUCGAAAAGAUCCAUAUCAUCUGUUCUUGGUGGACCUUUCCUUUUUCCUAGAUGACUCUAUAUAGUUUAUGGGAAUUUUUUUCUUUUUACGUUAGCUCGUACUGUUAAGUUAAUUAAGGAGAUGAUCCUCAUUUUGGGUGUCUACAGUUUUAAAAGAAGGACCACUCAUGCUUGUAAUGAAACUCUCUUAACUUUAUAUAUGAUACCUAUUUAUGGAUUAUCU